CAUCGGUUGCCAACUCUACAGUCUGCAAAACAUUCGAAACAAAUCGACUCCUCUCUCUCUCAGUCUCUAGAACUUGAAAUGGCGCCCAAGGCAGAUAAGAAGCCAGCGGAGAAGAAGCCGGCGGAGAAGGCUCCGGUGGCUGAGAAGAAGCCGAGGGCGGAGAAGAAGCUGCCGAAGGAAGGCGCGGCGGACAAGAAGAAAAAGCGGACGAAGAAGAACGUGGAGACGUACAAGAUCUACAUCUUCAAGGUGCUGAAGCAGGUGCACCCGGACAUCGGUAUCUCCAGCAAGGCCAUGGGGAUCAUGAACAGCUUCAUCAACGACAUCUUCGAGAAGCUUGCCCAGGAGUCCUCCAAGCUCGCCCGCUACAACAAGAAGCCCACCAUCACCUCCCGCGAGAUCCAGACUGCGGUGCGCCUCGUCUUGCCAGGGGAGCUUGCCAAGCACGCCGUGUCCGAGGGCACCAAGGCUGUCACCAAGUUCACUAGCUCUUAGGGUUUUCAGUGUCUAGCUCUUAUUAGCGUUUGUAAAGAGUUUUUUUUUUAAUGGACGAAAUUUGAAAUUUCUGCUUUGAA